AAAUCCCAUGAAAGUAAUCAAACUAAAUAUGAUAAAUUGGAAAAAAAUAAUAUCAAAGAACCUCCAUGGACGAAUCCCUAUGGUAAUUUAUCACCACCAUCACAUUCUUGGAAUGAUAGAUAUCAUGAUGAGAAAUAUCAAAUUUAUUAUGAAAGAUAUCAUGAUGAUUGGAAUAAAGAAAGAUCAAUUUAUAAUUAUUGGAAUAAAUUUUCUCCUAAACAUCAAUCAAGAGAUCCUUACAAAGACCCUUACAGAGAUUUAUCUUCCAGUGGUCAUCAUUAUGCCCAAUAUUAUAGGCCCCAUAGGGAAGAACCUAGAUUUAACCAAUGGAAAAAUGUAGAAAAGAAUUCCUAUAAGCAUAAUAAUUACAAUGCUUUACCACUUAAACAUUAUGGUCCAUUUCCUAAUAAAUUUCAUUCCGAUUUUUUGGAUAACCAAUUAUAUCAUUAUUAUAAAUUACUAUCACCGCUACCUCAACAUUCAAUUUCUUGUGACAAUUCUCUACUUCCACCGAAACUCUCUACUGAUAACCGCAAGGACAUUAAACAAAACAAUUCCAAUUUUAACAAUUAUAAGGAUUGUAAUAAUGUAAAAAAGGAUGAACCGUUUAAAACGAUCGAACCUGUGAAAACUGUAGAAUCUAUAAAGAAAAUCAAUUUAGAAAAAAAAGUUGAAUCUAUAAAGAAAAUUAAUUUAGAAAAAAAAGGUGAAUCUAUAAAGAAAACCAAUUCGGAAACAAAAGUUGAAUCUAUAACAAAGAUAGAGCAAACAAAUCUAAAAGAACAAAUUAAUAAUAGAUCACGAGAAAGUAGAUUUGAGAAAUAUCGAGAAUUGGUGAAAAACCGUCGCCGCAAUGCUCCAUUUUUUAUAACGCGAGAAGAUGCUCCUAAUCUCUCGGAAAUUCAGAGAAUUGCGUUAGAGUUACUCUUUUUGUGA